AUCGCUUAAGUUGUGGAGAGUGUCCGUCGGUUCCUGUUGGACAGUCUGGGAGAAAAUUUUCCACUAGAUUACAUUAAGACGCUAAUCGUUUUAAUAAAGCUACAAACUCUGAUGUCGUAGAGACCGAUUCAGCUUUUACUACCCAUUCAUUAGCUUCUGCCCACUUAUUUCCAGGACCAGAAAAAAUCGACAUCUUACAAGAGUGUUCAAAACGGAACAACUUGCCUUAUCGGAAUCAUUGGAAUUUAAUAAGGCUAAACAAAAAAAAAACCACAUACUUGAGACUUUGACUUUGAGUUUUAGUCGAAAUUUAUACGAUAUUUUGAUUGAAAUAUCUUUGAGCCAAAUCAACUAUUUCUCGAAUACGAUACUUAUGUAAAUGUUUUAAAUAAAAACUGAUAAAACGGUUCCCUGUAGCGCAAAUUUAGAUACAAUGUGAUGUUUUAUUCAAGUCGGCAACUAUAAAAUAAGUCAUGAACACGAAAGCCAUUUAAUUAAACGUUUGCAAUGAAGAUAUUGAAUUGGCCUAGUUCCGUUACGGGUGCUUCCCGCUAUUUGUAUAUCUUUAGUCUGACAUUUUCACUCUGUUCUGUGGAAAUUUAUGGUUCGUCCAGAAUUGUUAAUGGAACCGAUGCUGAACAGGGAGAAUUCCCAUUUGCGGUUUCCUUAAGAUAUAAAACAAAGCACACCUGCGGUGGGACGAUUUUAAAUGACAACUUUGUCCUAAGUGCUGCCCAUUGUGUUUGCAAUAAUGAAAGACCCAGAAACAGCAGUUUAUAUUCCAUUCAAUAUGGCCUAACGGAGAUUACAACGGAACCAGUUAAUACACGAGAUAUAAAGAAAAUUUAUUGCCACGAAUUUGACUCCGAAAAACUGGUCAAUGACUGUGCAGUAUUAGAGUUGGAAACUUCAUUGCCCGAUGAUGGAACAUGGAAGCCGGUCACAUUAUCUGAUGACUUUUCCACGAGAAACCCCCAAACUGGCCUAAUUAUUGGCUGGGGAAAAACUGGGCAAAAUGAGCCUAUAUCACAUAGGUUGCAAAAAUUAUCCGUGGAUAUUUUUGAUGAUGAAACAUGCUCAUCGUCUUGGGACAAUGUCCAUCACAUUUGCUUUGGAGCUAUGACUGGGGGCGCAUGCAAUGGAGAUUCAGGGACGGCGCUUUUAGUGAAAAUGGAACAGGUUGGGAUUGCAUCGUUUAUAACUAAUAAGUGUGGAAUAGCGACGAAAAAGCAUCCCAAUGUUUACUCUCGAGUUGCUUCUUAUCGGAAAUGGAUUUCCAAUGUGAUUUCGGAAACUGAUGAAUAGCAAAGACCUUGAUAUAAUUGUAUUCUUAUUUUAUGUAUAUCAUAAAAAUAUUCGCUUCUGAAUUAUGACUAAUAAAAAAUCUCGGUCCCCAGUUUAA